AUGCCCGGCAACGACAUUAUGGAAGCAACGACGAUUGUCAUUGCCAUUACGGUCAGCAUCAUAGCCAUCGUCGUCGUCAUAGUGACACUGCUCCUCGUCUUUGUCUUUCGCAAGUGUCGUCGAGGCGAGUUUGAGACGAGAAAGGAGACAAGGCGACGGAGAAGUCUGUGGGCGGCAACACGGUGGAGGAGAGGGAGUGACGGGAAAGCAUCUUUUGUGCCGCACGACGGCGCCGGUGACGAGGAGACGGGUUGCUGGUCCGUUGUGAACCCCCAGAGAUGGAGUACGGGGCAUGGCAAAGCGGCAAGCAGCAAUCGAGACAGCAGCAGCACCCACGAGCUCGUAGUAUCCAGCAGACAUCUUGCGGCUACCGGCAAAGCGGGGAGUGCAAGCCCGACACCGGUCUUGGGUGCCGGCUGGCAGCCGAAUCCGUUUGAAGAUCCCAGCACUCACGGAUUCGCCGGCAGCCCACGUAUGGCGCAGGCUCUGGAUCUGUCUCACAGCAGCAACAACGACAGCGACGAUGUGGCACGGGGUACCGGCAACGCUAGGAUCAACAAUGCGCAGCUGCACCAAGACGCCAACCGUCGUAGUCGGGCCACGAGCACACGAUCGUCACUUGUUCUAGGCCCACGAGAAAGUAGUACCCUGUCACGACCGAGAUCGAUGGUUGCCGCAAGCACAGCACCAUUGUCUGCUGAAAGAGCAGAGAUGGAGCGAAGAAGACCGUUCUACCAAGCCCUUGCUGCCCCACCAUCGACGUCGUCUCUCUACAGCCAGCCCGCCAGCGCUACGUACUCUUCCUUGGCCGAAGAGACAAACAACGUCUCGCACCAUAAAGCCUCCGAGGAGGUCGUUGGACUCGGUCUGGACCUUGGCCAACCGGCUGAGGCUAUGUCGUUUCAUCGUCCCACUACAUCUUCAAAGUCCAUGGCUACAACAGCAGCGCAGCAGCGAUUAACGAGCAUCGGUGAGAUCACGGAAGACCACAGCUCAUCAUCCUCAAGCUCCGAUGGUUAUGGACAAGCAUCCGUCACUGGUGACACAUCACGACCAGUGAUAUCGCCACAAAUGUCUUCCUCUUCUCCCGCGAUUGGACCUCGUGACGCGACAGUUGGAGUUGCUGUGGUCGACGCAUCUCUGGAAUCAUCUCUUCCGCAUGCCGCGCAGGAGAAAAAACUGGGCCAACAUAACCCAAAGAGACAGGCUGCUUCAGAACUGGAAACAGCCCCACCUUUUGAGUCACGGCUAGAAGCGAUGCAGAGGGCUUUCACAGCAAAAGAGAAAGAAAGUAACGGGCCGUGGAUCCAACGGCCAAGAGCAAAGACGCAAGGUGAAGCCGAUAAAAAGGCAGCAUGCCUUUCCCGGCCGCUGCUGGUAAGAGCUGGAAGGUCGACUUCGGUCUCUGGAGCGACCUUCGACAUGGUCUCGACGGCAGAAAGCCAUCACGAGCUCCUCUACCUCCACAGAGAACGGCACGGCGAGGAUGUAGGCCCAGAAACAGUCACGUCCAGCAGCAACAGGCAAAGCAAGCCGUCGAAGUCGAUCAUGAUUGAUGGAGAAGUCAUUUUGAACUCGCAAAAGCAGUCCGAUACUGAGCAGGCUUCUGGAACACUCAAGAGCAAGGUAUACCAUCUGCCUACAAGCAUCGUUUCAUCUUCACCCCAGCAGGAGAGCAAGUUCAGCCUGUCUUCCGAUCCCUUCUCAGACGAAUACGUCGAGGCCGGCACGACUUCGGCAACGGGCGACCAAGAGGAACUUAGGAUACAGAGAUCCAGCGACUUGAGCGUUGCCGAACUGAGCGAUACAUCCUCGUCGGCCGUAUCCUCGUUGAAGUCACCCUUGGUGGCCAGUCACAUGUUUAACGACGACGAUAACGACGAGCAGACGCGAACGCAGCAGGAUGGCGGAUCACUGUCGACAUCAACACGGCAAAUCAAAGCCAACGACACCACUAUCGCCCUCCUCGCCGCCGUUGGAUUCAUCGACGCGGCUCUCGGCACCAUCUUCGGAAGUACGCUUGACAAGAGCAAAGGUUUCAAGAGGAACCAUGACCGCCAAGGCUUCUGUUCCGCUGGAUAUGCGGUCGGGCGACGACAGUGA